CUUUUUCUUUUUUUUUUUUCAAUAAAUAAUAUACCCAAACGGGCAAACAUUUCUAAAAAUGGCACAAGUUCACAAUAUUAUGGUUUUCCCGCCUAGUUCCCGUCCAGUGACAUCUGUAUUUGUUUGUACGAGAAAGAUCAUAAAUUAUAACAAACCUUCUCAUCGGCUUUCAUCUCAACAACAAUGUAUAAUUUCCCACGAAUAUGAUCAGCUCGAACAAUAUUAUCCGAAUCACGGCGUUUACCACCAGCUUCAGUUUCCGGUAAAUUUUUCGACUCACUACCAACGAAAGCUCGAGGAAGUAAGGCACUUAUUGUUAAAGUCGAGUGAAGGCGACUAUAUUGAUGAUCAACUAAAUGAUGAGGGCUUGAUAUUAGUAGAUGCAAUCCAACGGCUAGGAAUCAGCCGCCAUUAUAAGGAGGAGAUUCAUGCGAUUAUCGACCAACAUUACGUGAAGACUAAUGAAUUCGAAUGCCGCUCAUUGCACAAUGUUUCUCUUUCGUUCCGAUUAUUGCGACAACAUGGCUACCAUAUAUCAGCUAACAUCAUGUUUGGCAGUUUCGAAGACGAGCACGGGAAUUUAAGAGGGAAACUAAAGCAAGAUAUCAGAGGAUUAUUAGAAUUAUUUGAAGCUACACAUAAAAGCAUUCCAAGAAUGACGGAACGUAAUUUCCUAAUUAGUGAUUUCUACUGUAAGAACAGUGUAUGGGGAAGAACAUUAAGGGAGUUGGCCGAAAUGGAUCUUCACGUUGGACGAUCCGUAUACCAAGAAGAACUUGCUCGAUUUUCCAAGUGGUGGAGUAGCUUAGGUUUAACCGAAGAGCUUAAGUUGGCGAGAAGUCAACCGUUAAAGUGGUACACUUGGUCCAUGGCCCUCCUCAUGGACCAUCUCGGCUUAUCCGAACCCCGCCUCCAAAUUUCAAAGUCCAUUUCUUUUAUUUACUUAAUCGACGACAUUUUUGAUGUGUACGGAACACCACACGAGUUAUCGGCCUUCACAAAUGCCAUCGACAAAUGGGAUUAUGCCUCCAUAAAUAUAUUGCCUAACCACAUGAAAAAAUGUUACAAAGUGCUUUUAGACACGACUAACGAGAUAAGCCUAGCCGUGUACGAAAAGUACGGAUACGACCCCAUUAACGACCUGAAACAAACGUGGAAAGAUUUGUGCAGAGCAUUUUUAGUGGAAGCAAAGUGGUUCGGGUCGGGGGAAUGGCCCAAUCCUGCAGAGUAUUUGGAUAAUGGCAAGGUUAGCUCCGGGGUGCAUGUGGUCCUACUCCACUUGUUUCAUCUUUUGGGCCUGGGCCUGGGUAAAAGUUCGGCCCACCAAAACCGAACCUAUUUGACAGUUAUAUCAUGCGUGGCUACCAUACUUCGUCUUUGGGAUGAUUUGGGGAGUGCCAAGGACGAGCAUCAAAACGGCACUGAUGGGUCAUAUGUCGAGUAUUAUAUGAGGGAACACUCAGAUUUGACACGUGGACAAGCACGAGAGCACGUGAUAAAUAUGAUUGAAAUGGAAUGGAAAAUUCUAAAUAAAGCGUGUUUUGAUCUCGACCGUUCAUCGCCAUCGCCGAUAUUUCAAGAAGCGGCUCUUAAUCUUGCGAGGAUGGUGCCUCUCAUGUACAGUUUCGAUGAGAAUCAACGGCUCCCGAUCCUCCACCAGUUUUUGGAGCACAUGUUGUUAAUUCCGGCAUCCUUGAUUUAACAACGUGUUUAAUUUUGCUUUCAAAUUGUCAAAAUCAUCAUUAUUUUAAUUUAUUUUUUUUAUCAAACCUUAUAGGAAUAAUAACAACAAUGAAAAUAAUAAUUUCAUUAUUGGCAAAAUCGUG